UCCUCUGAUGAGAUUAGGAAACACAGGAACAGCUGCAGCAGUUGCUGAGUGCACUUGCCUCCAGACAACUAGCUCUUGGGGGUAACUUUGAAAUACAGGGAGAGAAAGCAGGAAAGUGGCUGACCUGUAAGUUUCUCUCAAUGAGACUAAAUUUUUAACAGGAUUACUAUCUUCCUACUGUUGCAGAGGAGAGAAGUUUCGUGCAUCUGCCCUCCUUUCAGAAGAGUUGACUGAAGAAGCGGAGGUAGAGAGAGAAGGGAAUGGCAAACGACAGCUCCUUGGCAGUCCACGGCUCCCUUGCUUACGAUGACUUUGCCAGUUCUGACUGGUACAUGUAUGAAUCCAUGGAACCCGAGACGCCACAGGAUGAUAUGCUUCCUAAUGUUAUCCUAGCCUGCGAUCCCACCAUCCCCUACCGUCUUUAUCACACCUGCAUGGCUCCUAUAUCUCUGGCCGUGCUGAUAGUCUUGUCUCUGUUGGUGAAACGCAAGAGCCUCUAUAAAAGCUCUUGGAAUGGAGCACCUGGACUACUGAGCCCUGUGAAUUUCUUGGAGGCAGAGGGCCACCAGGGGCUGGUGGCGGCAGUGUUUGGAAUCCUCUUCUCUUCUAUUUGUGUGCUGGUGCUGGAUACUGACCCCCUGCCUUUCAUUGCCAGCUCCUCCCCGCGUAGUCGAGAGUACUGGAAGAUCAUGGCUUUGCUCUAUUACCCUGCCUUCUAUUAUCCUUUAAUUGCAUGCGCCACAAUCAGACACCGAGCCGGGUACUUCGUAGGCUGCUUGCUCUCCUGGUGCCACUGUCUGGUCCAUAUCUGGCAGAAAGUGGACUGCCCUCAGUCGCCCAAGAUUUACAGGUAUUAUUCCCUGCUGUCUUAUGUUCCUAUUAUCCUCUGCCUCGUUGUCCUGAGCAUUUGGUAUCCAGUGCUGCUUGUCAGGAGCUUCACACAGGAGAAACCAGAUGCUAGAGAGGAAGAUACUGGGGGCACGUCUUCACUAUCCGUCGGAUCGGCAGGUAGCAAUCGAUCUAUUGGGGAUCGACUUAUCGCGUCUAGUGAAGACACGAUAAAAUCGAUCCCCGAUGGCUCUGCCGUCGACUCCGGAAAUCCACCACGGCAAGAGGCGGAAGCGGAGUCGACGGCGGCGUGGCAGCGGUCGACUCGCUGCCGUCCUCACAGCCAGGUUGUAGGGAGUGGCUAUUAUAAUGAAUACCUGAAGACUAUCCUGGCCAAAAGAACACACAAAAGAAGCUCCAGGAAAGUAAGUCUCCUCUCAAGGGCCCAGAUGUAUUUACGUUCUUACAUCUACACACCCCAGGAAGGGUUCCAGGUUCCUCUGAAGCUGGUUCUCUCUGUAACCACAGCCGUGAUUGCUGUUUACCAGGUGGCCUUGCUGCUGCUCGUCGUCUUCAUCCCCAACAUUCAGAUAGUGAGGGCAGGGAUGACAAAGGAAAUCACUGUCCUGCUGGUUCAGUUUGGUGUCGUGCCCUCGGAGAACCCGGGCGGUGUCCCUGGAGACAUGGAGCGGGAGCUAGACACCGUCAGAUACUAUCUCUGGUCACUGGAAGUGUGCUAUGUCUGCUCCCUUGUGCUCUCCUGCCUGCUCACCUUCUCCAUGCUGAUGAGAUCCCUGGUGAUGCACAGGGCCAAUCUGAAGGCUCUGUACCGAGGGGAUGUCCUAGAUGUCUUCUACCGUGCCCAGAUGCUCUGCCCUUCCCAACAGGCUCUGGUCUGUUGGAUGAGCUUUGCCAGUUUCCAGACUGCAUUCGCCUGCUUGGGUCUCCUCACCCAGCAAGUGAUUUUCUUUGUCUGCACCGUGGGCUUCACCUUCCUAGUGGUCAUUCCACUCCAGUCAGGCACAAAUAUGCAUCUGUUUAAAAUCCUGGAGAACAUGUGGCCCUUCUGGCUGACUCUGGUGCUUGCUGUGGUCGUGCAGAACUUGCUUGCUCAUUUCCACUUCCUAGAGAAACACCACCUGCAGAAGGAGCUGACCAACAGGCGAGCUCUCUGCAUCAUGACCUACCUGCUCUUCCCCAUCAACGUCCUGGUGGGGGUCCUGGCCGGGGUCUGGAGAAUGGUCAUUUCUGCACUUUACAACGCUGUCCAUUUCUGCCAGCUGGACAUCAGCCUGCUGAAUCGGGGCGUUGAGGCCUUUGAUCCAGGUUACCGCACUUACUGUCAUUACUUGAAAAUUGAGGUCAGCCAAUCACACCCUGUGAUGAAAGCCUUUUGCUUCUUGCUUCUCCAAUUAUGUGGCCCAGAGGGGCAGACAGGACUCAAACCCACUGAUGUGGAAGAAGGGAUCCAGCUGAUGCAGCCUGUGAAGGGGCUGCUGAAGGCAUCCAAGUCCAAGCAGACGAGAGCCCGGUGGGGGCUGGCCUACACCCUCCUCAACAACCCAUCGCUCUUGGCCUGCCGAAAGACUGUGCUCUCCGACCCCACAGCCAACGGGACCCAGUAUUGCCCUGCCAAGCCCUGACCUCCAUAGAGGAGCCCUCCCCUUUCUCUGGGAAGUGUUCCAGCUCUGCUCACUGCCUCCUCUCUCCUUCUCAUGUGUCCCACCGCCCCACAGCAGCAACCUUGGCUCUGCGGAGCCCUAGAGCAAGGUUGCACCCCAUUGCCUGCCUGCCUGCCUUUGAGACCAGGGCUGUUUCCUUAGGGCAGCAUGGAGCUAAGGGGGAUGGUCUGCCUGCUAGUUUUGCCCAGAGACUGAGCUUUAAAGCCACCCGAAGCCAAGUCUUUGAUCCUCAUGCUACACCUGGGAAACCUGAAGCAGCUCAAAGGUCCCCCUUAGGAACCUUUCCAAUUCAAUACCUGCUGGGCUCACAAGCGAAAUGAGUUUGAUGGUCUCAGAAUUUUUAUCCCAAUUGCCCUUCCAUCAUGCAGUUUAGCACCUUUGAGUCUCUGCUGAGAGGAAGUGGGGGCUUGAAUGGGAGAGAGAAGGGGAGCUACAGAAUUGGGGGGUGUUAGCCAAACUGAGAGGAAAGAGCUGGAUCUGUCCCUAGCCUGCAUUUCAGAAGGCACCACCAUCUUCCUCCCCACCAGCCCCUCAAGAGCCUGUACUGGAGUCUCACCUGGAUCCCCUUAGACACACCAGGUAGUGGCAGGUUUUUUCAGAUUGCCUUUGUGCCUUUUUCAUGAAGAGGCAGCCAUUCCACAGAAGAGCCCAGCGCUAAGGAGAUUCUGAUGAAGCUUUUAUGAAGGAAUAUGGCUUCAUGCCUUUAAAGAAAAAAUCACUUUUUAAAUAUAUUUUUCACACCUUUUCUAUGGUUUUUAGUCCUAGUUGCUGACAGGCUGGGUCUGAUAAAUAGACUGCAGGUUCUGUAGCUUUGUAAAAUUGGAAAUGUGCCCUUGAUGCUUUCACAGCAAGAUGGCAGAGUGAUCUCUCUGUUUUGUGUGGAUCCUCUAUGCUGUGUGUCCCUCUGGCUUCUCAUACUCUGCUCAUGUCCUUGCCUCCACUUUUCUGGCAAACUGGAAGCAUCUGUCAUCUUGCACUCCCUGCCCUAUUUUUUUUUUUUAAAACAAAUGAUUCCUUGAACUCUGCUCUUAUUCUAUGAGAGGUGGGCAGGUCAGAUUGGGAGUGAGCUGAGCUAGUAUUUGUAGAAUACAGUGAGUUUAAACCCCCUUGGCAUGGUGAGGUGGGAAUAAUAAAUAAUAUGCCUUUCCUA